AUGGCUGCCAGUCGAAUCAGCCCUCUUCGCCCGUCGAUCCGCCUCUCCCCCGCACACUCUCGUGAUAACUCCCGCUCGACCUCCCCGGAACGAAAUCCGGGCUCGUUAUACCCCAAAAUCGACCCUCUACUGAGCAACCUGUCUCCCGAGUCAACACUACACGCCCUUACCUCCACCGAAGCGGUCCCUUCGAACGAGUCUUUUUCCCAUGAUGUCCUUUCGCGGAGUAUUUCCCAGGUCUCGCCGGCCGAACGAGCAUUGGGCAUCCGUGCAGCUAUAGCUGCCCAGGAUUUGAAUUUUUGGUAUAAGGAGGUCCAAUCGUGGACAUGGCCGAAGCAUAACGAGGCGAAAGCAGGGAAAGGGUUUAUACCGCCCAUACAACCGCGUGUGGGUGAUAAGGCUGCCGGUUCGAGCUCCUUGUUGCCUCCUGGCAGCGCGGAGGUCGAGUACUAUGGGAGCCUGCAAGCAGAGGUAGUCGAGGAAUAUGAGAAGAGGAUCGAGGAGAUACGCGAUGGAAUGGACAAUUUAAAUGUGGAGGAAUUGAAGGAACACGUUCUCAAUGCCCACAUUCCAUCCCGGUCUCGCCCCUCCUCUUCGACCAGCACCGUGUCUGUGCCCCCGCCGCUCAGCUAUGUACAACUCAGCGACUUCACAGCUGUCGUUACCGCUACGAUUCUCCGGGCCCUUCCAUUCCUGUCACGAUUGACCAGUCUCCUAUCCACCUGGGACGUUCGUCUUCUCGUCCUGCGUCAGGUCCCGGGCCUGCUCCGAGAAUUGAAACUCCUUCGAUCCGCUCUGGACUCGUCCUUUCACGCGUUGCGAACGUCCAACCCGUCACAAUCCAGUCGUGACCUCCUCUCUAAAGCUCAUUUACGCGACGAGCAUGUUAAACUUGAGUUUGCGGUGGUUGCUGUGGGCAGGCGGAUGGACCGGGCCUUGGACGCGUUGGAAGGCCGUCAAGAUUCUUUGCCUGAGAGUUGGAUCGACGAUUUGGAAAAAAUCGAGUCAGACUUUGCGGAAUGGGUAGUCGAGGCUGAGAAGUAUCAGCUUCGCUCGGAGUGGUUACGUUCAAAAGAACAAGCCCGGGAUACGGAAGCGAAGGAAGAGCCGCACCUGGAGCUGUCGAAAGAGAUACAGUUCGAGACAGCACCAGCUGAGAAUGCGUCUGCAUCUUCAGAUAUGCAAUGGCCUUCUCAUGUGGAUGCUAUCAAAGAAGAACUCAAACCAGAUGUUCGGGUCUCUACAACAUCUGAUCUGAAGCAGCCUCAACCAGGCACCGGGGAUACUGCACCAACUUCAACGGAGGAGGAACCAGCAUUCCCCCCUGUAUCUGAACUGAUAAUACCCCCGACCGGUCCUACGGACUACGAAGUUGAAAAGCUAUGCGUGGAUCAGCUUGAACAAAGGCCUGCAAGUCAGUCAACUGUGUACGUUGCCGAGGAUCUGGAAACACCAACCCAGGCCAGCUUCUUUUCCGAUCUUUCUGUUGAAACCCCACGACUAUCGCCCGCUCAUGUGCCCUUGCCGGAAACACCGGAUCUCGAAGAUAAGGAAAACAUUCCCCCUGCGUUUGUGCAACAGCGUGUUUCACUGUCCCCAACUCAGCAAUCGAUCCCUAAGCCUUCGGCAUUGAACGAGCAUCAUAUCGAUGAAGAUCCCUUCAUUCAAAAGUCCAUCGAUUCCCAUGUGGUCCAGACGAAGGAGGAAUCCGCCAUUCCCGUCAAAUCUAGCAUCCAACCAAAACCUCAUAUCGUGGGCUAUGAUGGGUUUGUGGACAGCCUUGCUAAAGAGCACGACAAAGACAUGGAUGCACUCGAUGCACUCUAUCAACUAGAUCAACCGUUAGCAAAGGACGCAUCAACGACCGCAGCUGACGCAAUGGUUAAGCUCACCAGCCGCGAGCCAAAAUCUCGAGGGACAUCGGCUGCUGCAAAGGAAGUGGACUCGUCGGAAUCUAGUAUUUCUGGGCUCGAAGUUUCAGAUGGGCCUAAAAAGGGCUCCGGUCAUGGCACUGGACUUUCUGCCCAGCAUCUACCUGUCGGGCCAGGACGCGCACAGCCUACCAACUCCGUUACGGAGCCAGCCAAACCCAAGUCCCAGUCAACGAGUGAAAAUGUACCACAACGACCAAACUCUUCCCGCAAACCGCUUCAAAGCCCGAUCAAACUUGCCAAAUCUCGCCCAGGAAAGCUCAACCUCGACAAAACCGCGCACACACCACACGCUCGUCGACCAUCUACCGAGUCUGUGGGUUCUCUUCUUUCCGAUAACUCCUCCCUCAUAUCUAGUUCCGAUGCACCUGAACCUCAGACUGGGUCGUCGAACGAUCAACUGACUCCUUCUCGCCCUGAAUUUGCUCCCUCGCAGCCUGUCAAAUCACUUGGCGACCACAUGUUGCGAAAGGACCGUCUCCUUCAUCUGGAGAAUCGAAGCGUUUCUUCCCGCUCGGCAUUCGAUCCGAAUCGCUCGGUGAGCCUGCCUUUGGAACGCUUCAUCAAAGAGAAACUCGCCUUUGAGCUGGACAAUAGGGUCGCUCCAGACAUGAUCGAUCUUGAGUCGGCUGCUAAGGGCUCAGUCUCUGCUAAGCUUUCUCGCGACGGCCCCUCAACGCCCACUCCACAAGUCCCUCUUCGUGCCUCCAGUCGCCGGCCGGCCUUGGGUCGGGGCAAAUCUGUAUCUGAUUUGAAAGCCAGCGCUCAGAAUACAAGGAAUGUGGACCAAAAUCUCAAGCCCUUCGGCCAAAACACUGCCCAACGAGCGGUGCAACACCAGGAGCAGCCAAAGUCCAUGCGCUUACGCAAACGUCUGACAGCUCACCCAAGUCUGGAGAGCCUGGGGGUGAAAAAGCGUGAACUGACAUAUGUGGAAGAGGAUGAAUCAGAGAUGACAGAUGUCGGCUCUCGUGCCUCAUCGCCAAAUAAGCUACUUCGAAAAUCGAGGGAUCAUCUCGACGAGAAAAUCAACUCCAUCCUGAAUAUGCUACCUGGUCGGAUCCACCUUGUUGACCCCAACAACGAGGCGGAUACAUCCUCUUCAUCAUCUUCCAUGGAUCGAAAGAUGCGAGACCGAUACUUGUCCGAGUCUCCUCACGGGCCACCAUCUCGCAGCAUCACACCGGCUCCUUCUAUGACCCUUAUGCCUGCUGCCCGGAGGCGGUCUUCGUACGCCCACAAGCCUGAGGAUAGCUGUGUUAAGCUGUAUCAUCUUCACCAUGGAGGACAGGCAGCACCCACAAGGCUCUUUGUUCGUACCGUGGGCGAAGAAGGUCAACGAGUGAUGGUCCGUGUCGGUGGUGGUUGGGCUGAUCUUGGCGAGUACCUCCGCGAGUAUCUCAUCCACCACGGCCGCCGCAAGGUCUCAGAGACCCCUAGGGUGGAGGUACAGGGCCUGGCACCUCGGACAUCACCAGGCUACUCGCCUAGCAACAUGCUCACACCUGGAGCACCGCCCUAUAUCACAUCUGGCCGAGCUACCCCCUCUCGGCCUCCCUCCGUUCUAAGUGCUCGCCCGCCUUCAUCACUCACUGUCCACAAAGCGCGACGGGGUUCCAACGCCUCCGAAGCAUCAGGAAUUGCUCCACGCUCAGUUACAACCGGGACACUGAGUUCCUUUACCUCCCCGCCAACAGUAUCUACAGGCCGCCGGCGUCUCUCCAUGUCAUCAAACUACUCGGUCGGAGAUGCGCACUCCCCCGCAAACACCACCACUGGUCACUCCGACUCCCAGUCCACACCCCUGGGCCUAGCAGGUCCCAAGCCUCGCUCGCGGCAGAUCUCAAUGAGUCCAGAGGGCGAAGCCUGGGUGGAAGACGUCCUUCAGCAAACUCGCCGGUCCAGCUCUGUCAACCCUCCGCCCUUCCCUUUGAAUGCGGCAUCGGAACUUGAUGCACCUGAAGGCCAAGAUGCGAGUGAUCACGGACACACCCUACCUAAAAUCCGGAGCUUCGGCGACAUUGGCUCAGUUGGUACAAGCCGACGCAUCGUGCUGAAAGGACUCAACAGUCGUCGAUAG